AUGGCGCGCCUCGGGGCGACCCAGACGCUGGUGCUGCUGACGCUGCUCGUGGCCGCGGUCCUCCGGUGCCAGGGCCAGGAUCUCCAGGAGGCUGGCAGCUGCGUGCAGAAUGGGCAGAGGUAUAAUGAUAAGGACGUGUGGAAGCCUGAGCCCUGUCAAAUCUGUGUCUGUGACACUGGAGAUAUCCUCUGCGAUGAUAUACGCUGUGAAGAUGUGAAAGACUGCCUCAGUUUUGAGAUCCCCUUCGGAGAAUGCUGCCCCGUCUGCUCAACUGACCUCUCCGCUGCCAGUGGAAAACCAGGACCAAAGGGACAGAAAGGAGAACCUGGAGAUAUCAAGGAAAUUGUAGGACCGAAAGGACCUCCAGGACCACAGGGUCCUGCAGGUGAACAAGGACCCAGAGGUGAUCGUGGUGAAAAAGGUGACAAAGGUGUGCCUGGUCCUCGUGGCAGAGACGGAGAGCCUGGAACACCUGGAAACCCUGGCCUCCCCGGUCCUCCUGGCCCCCCUGGCCGCCCUGGCCUUGCCGGAACUUUUGCUGCCCAGAUGGCGACAGGAUUUGACGAGAAGGCUGGUGGUGCCCAGAUGGGAGUAAUGCAAGGACCCAUGGGCCCCAUGGGACCCCGAGGACCACCAGGCCCCGCUGGCUCUCCUGGACCUCAAGGAUUUCAAGGCAACCCUGGAGAACCUGGGGAACCCGGUGUCUCUGGUCCCAUGGGCCCGCGUGGUCCCCCCGGCCCUCCAGGAAAACCCGGUGAUGAUGGUGAAGCUGGAAAGCCUGGGAAGUCUGGUGAAAGAGGCCCUCCCGGUCCUCAGGGUGCUCGCGGCUUCCCUGGAACUCCAGGCCUUCCCGGUGUCAAAGGUCACAGAGGUUACCCAGGCCUAGAUGGUGCUAAGGGAGAAGCUGGUGCUCCGGGUGUGAAGGGUGAGAGUGGCGCCCCCGGAGAGAAUGGUUCUCCAGGCCCGAUGGGUCCUCGCGGCCUGCCUGGUGAGAGAGGACGGACUGGCCCUGCCGGGGCUGCGGGUGCACGGGGCAAUGACGGCCAGCCUGGCCCCGCAGGGCCUCCGGGUCCUGUGGGUCCUGCCGGAGGUCCUGGUUUUCCUGGUGCCCCUGGUGCCAAGGGAGAAGCUGGUCCCACUGGUGCUCGUGGCCCUGAAGGUGCUCAAGGAUCUCGCGGCGAACCUGGCACUCCUGGGUCCCCCGGACCGGCUGGGGCUUCUGGGAACCCUGGAACGGACGGAAUCCCUGGAGCCAAAGGCUCGGCUGGUGCUCCUGGCAUUGCUGGUGCUCCUGGCUUUCCCGGACCCCGGGGCCCACCCGGCCCCCAAGGUGCAACUGGGCCUCUGGGCCCCAAAGGGCAGGCGGGUGAACCCGGAAUUGCUGGCUUCAAAGGCGAACCAGGCCCCAAGGGAGAGCCGGGUCCUGCCGGUCCCCAAGGAGCCCCAGGUCCAGCGGGCGAAGAAGGCAAAAGAGGCGGUCGUGGCGAGCCUGGUGGUGCCGGUCCCAUUGGCCCCCCUGGAGAGAGAGGCGCUCCUGGCAACCGUGGUUUCCCCGGUCAGGAUGGUCUGGCUGGUCCCAAGGGAGCCCCUGGAGAGCGGGGGCCCAGCGGCCUUGCCGGCCCCAAGGGAGCUAAUGGCGACCCUGGCCGACCCGGAGAGCCUGGCCUGCCUGGAGCCCGGGGUCUCACUGGCCGUCCUGGUGAUGCUGGUCCUCAAGGCAAAGUUGGCCCUUCUGGGGCCCCUGGUGAAGAUGGCCGCCCUGGACCUCCAGGUCCUCAGGGGGCCCGAGGGCAGCCCGGUGUCAUGGGAUUUCCUGGCCCCAAAGGUGCUAAUGGUGAGCCGGGCAAAGCUGGCGAGAAGGGACUGGCUGGAGCUCCUGGUCUGAGAGGUCUUCCUGGCAAAGAUGGGGAGACAGGUGCUGCCGGACCCCCUGGGCCUGCCGGGCCGGCUGGUGAGCGAGGCGAGCAGGGCGCUCCAGGGCCCUCUGGGUUCCAGGGACUUCCUGGCCCUCCUGGUCCCCCUGGUGAAGGUGGAAAACCAGGUGACCAGGGCAUUCCCGGUGAAGCUGGAGCUCCUGGCCUCGUGGGGCCCCGAGGUGAACGCGGGUUCCCGGGUGAACGAGGAGCUCCUGGUUCCCAGGGUCUCCAGGGGGGCCGCGGCCUCCCAGGUACUCCUGGCACUGAUGGACCCAAAGGUGCCUCUGGCCCAGCUGGCCCCCCUGGGGCUCAGGGCCCCCCAGGACUGCAGGGCAUGCCGGGCGAAAGGGGAGCAGCUGGUAUUGCUGGACCCAAGGGAGACAGGGGAGAUGUUGGCGAGAAAGGCCCCGAGGGAGCUCCCGGGAAAGACGGUGGAAGAGGUCUGACUGGUCCCAUCGGCCCCCCUGGCCCUGCUGGUGCCAACGGCGAGAAGGGAGAAGUCGGGCCUCCCGGCCCUUCAGGAACAGCUGGUGCCCGAGGUGCCCCUGGUGAACGUGGGGAGACUGGACCCCCUGGGCCUGCUGGGUUCGCCGGCCCGCCCGGUGCAGAUGGGCAGCCAGGAGCCAAGGGUGAGCAGGGAGAGGCCGGCCAGAAGGGUGACGCUGGUGCCCCCGGUCCUCAAGGCCCCUCUGGAGCUCCUGGGCCUCAGGGUCCUACUGGUGUGACUGGUCCUAAAGGAGCCCGUGGUGCUCAGGGUCCUCCGGGAGCUACCGGAUUCCCCGGAGCUGCUGGCCGCGUGGGACCUCCUGGCUCUAAUGGAAACCCUGGACCACCUGGUCCUCCUGGUCCUUCUGGAAAAGAUGGUCCCAAAGGUGUUCGAGGGGACAGUGGCCCUCCUGGCCGAGCUGGUGACCCUGGUCUGCAAGGUCCUGCCGGAGCCCCCGGCGAGAAGGGAGAGCCUGGACAAGACGGUCCCUCGGGUCCUGAUGGUCCUCCAGGUCCUCAGGGUCUGGCUGGGCAGAGGGGCAUCGUUGGUCUGCCUGGACAGCGUGGCGAGAGAGGAUUCCCCGGCUUGCCUGGUCCAUCGGGUGAGCCUGGCAAGCAGGGAGCUCCGGGGUCAUCUGGAGACCGUGGUCCCCCUGGCCCUGUGGGCCCUCCAGGCCUGACUGGUCCAGCUGGUGAACCUGGACGAGAGGGAACCCCUGGUGCUGAUGGCCCCCCUGGCAGAGACGGCGCAGCUGGAGUGAAGGGUGAUCGUGGCGAGACUGGUGCCCUGGGAGCCCCCGGAGCCCCUGGGCCCCCCGGCUCUCCUGGCCCCUCUGGCCCCACCGGCAAACAGGGAGACAGAGGAGAAGCGGGGGCACAAGGUCCCAUGGGGCCUGCAGGACCGGCUGGAGCCCGGGGAAUCCCAGGCCCUCAAGGCCCCCGAGGUGACAAAGGAGAAACUGGAGAGGCUGGCGAGAGGGGUCUGAAGGGCCACCGUGGCUUCACUGGUCUGCAGGGUCUGCCCGGCCCCCCUGGUCCUUCUGGAGACCAAGGUGCUUCCGGUCCUGCUGGUCCUUCCGGCCCAAGAGGUCCUCCUGGCCCUGUUGGCCCCUCUGGCAAAGAUGGUUCUAACGGCAUCCCAGGCCCUAUUGGACCUCCUGGUCCCCGUGGACGCUCAGGAGAAACUGGCCCUGCUGGUCCUCCUGGAAGUCCUGGCCCUCCUGGCCCUCCUGGCCCCCCUGGCCCUGGCAUCGAUAUGUCUGCCUUUGCUGGCCUAAGCCAGAGGGAGAAGGGCCCUGACCCCCUGCAGUACAUGCGGGCAGACCAGGCCGCUGGCAACCUGAGGCAGCAUGACGCUGAGGUGGACGCCACCCUCAAGUCCCUCAACAACCAGAUUGAGAGCAUCCGCAGCCCUGAGGGCUCCCGCAAGAACCCUGCUCGCACCUGCCAGGACCUGAAACUCUGUCACCCAGAAUGGAAAAGCGGUGAUUACUGGAUUGACCCCAACCAGGGCUGCACUCUGGAUGCCAUGAAGGUUUUCUGCAACAUGGAGACUGGCGAGACCUGCGUCUACCCCAACCCAGCCAAUGUUCCCAAGAAGAACUGGUGGAGCAGCAAAAACAGGGAGAAGAAGCAUAUUUGGUUUGGAGAAACCAUCAACGGUGGCUUCCACUUCAGCUAUGGCGACGGCAACCUGGCUCCCAACACUGCCAAUGUCCAGAUGACUUUCCUGCGGCUGCUGUCCACGGAGGGUUCCCAGAACAUCACCUACCACUGCAAGAACAGCAUUGCCUACAUGGAUGAGGCCGCUGGCAACCUCAAGAAGGCCCUGCUCAUCCAGGGCUCCAAUGACGUGGAGAUCCGGGCUGAGGGCAACAGCAGGUUCACCUAUACUGUCCUGAGGGAUGGCUGCACGAAACACACCGGUAAGUGGGGCAAGACUAUCAUCGAGUACCGGUCUCAGAAGACAUCCCGCCUCCCCAUCAUUGACAUUGCACCUAUGGACAUAGGAGGGCCUGAGCAGGAAUUUGGUGUGGACAUAGGGCCUGUCUGCUUCUUGUAAAACUCUGAACCCAGAAACAUCACCAUUCAUGGCAAACCCCAAGGACCCAAGUACUUUCCAACCCCAGUCACUCUAGGACUCUGCACUGAAUGGCCGACCUGACCUGAUGUCCAUUCAUCCCACCCUCUAACAGUUUGGACUUGACUCCCCUCUCUCUAAGAGACCCAAUGGGGCA